UCUACGCCCACAGGGCCUUGCAUGUGUCGACGCCUCUGCAUAUAGCCCUCCGUGCGACACGCUGUCACCGUCGACCGACGCGCACCACUAACCAGCCCAGCACAUCACCACAAUGGUCUACAUCAGACUCGCCUCCGUCCUGGCCGCGGCCUCGAUGGUCAUGAUGGCCGCCGCGGAAGAGAAGCCAACGCCAACAUGGGCGACCGUCACGGACCCUAUCACCACACCAACAAAGACCUUAGAAGCAAGUGCCAUGGUGAGCAUCGGUUGCUUCGAGACCGGAAUCCCACUCGAGAACCACGGCUCUUUCAAAUUUCAGUCGCCUGGUAACUGUCAACUCGUUUGCAUUGAGCAAGGCAAGCCCGUUAUGGGUCUGUCUAACGGCGAGGAAUGCUGGUGUGGUGACGAGAUUCCGGCCCAAGAAUGGCAGACCAAAAACGAGACAUGUGGCACCACGUGUAGCGGCGACAAAACAUGGACCUGUGGUGGGAAGGACAAAUUAUGGGUCGUUCUCACAGGAACAACCAGGAACCCAGUCGACUUUUACGAGCCCGAAGUGGACAGCAGCAGCUCAGUAGCACCAAAGUCGUCGUCUGCUGCGCCGACAUCAACCGCUGCCGCCCAGGCUUCGGCCACUCCAUCUGCGGCGCCGGAAGAAGACAGCAAGCCAAACACAAUCGCCAUCGCAGUGGGCGUAGUCGUCGGCAUACUAGCCCUUGCCUCGAUCAUGUUUGGUGUAUGGUUCUUGCUCCGCCGGAGACGUCAGCACCAAGCAGAAGAAGACUACCGUCGCAAUGCCGCCAACGUAAAUUCUUUCGUCAACGGCGGCAAGCUCCACACCAGCAACUCGUCCAUGAACGACUCGCGUCUGGACCCGAGCUUCGUCGACCGGAGGCAGAGCAACGGCAGUAUUGCAGACAACGAGGACUACUCGAGGCGGAUAUUGAAGGUUACCAACGUAUAAGUGCCUCAACCAGGGCAAUUGGCGCAACACGUGCGCUCUUCACGUCGACCCUUUCUCACGACUGGCGUCGCUGACGAACACCUCCAUACCCUGACUACGCAAAUACCUAAUCUCCUUCACUACCAUGUCUCGCACUACGGUGCGCGCAAUCACGCUUUGACGACGAGAGUAAGAAUCAUCUUGCGAUUUAGCCCGUUACUAUUCAGUAUACGACGGAACCACCAUACCGUUGUGCAGACCAGCAUCUGACGAGGAUAAAGAAAGAUUUGUGGCGGCUGCACCGAAGAAUCUUUUCACCUCUCUUGUGUUAUAUCCAACCU